CUGGCGCUUUGCACUCCACGAAUGACAGAUGAAAAGUCAAGAGAGUGUUUUGACAAGUAUUUGCUGUAGAAAUUCAUCAAUGGAGUUUUGUCGAUAAACUAUUGAGCAAGUGCUCCCGGAUUGAUGGGGUUCACACGAUAAAAUAUUGUUUAAUUAAUUCGGAGCCGCAAUUGGAGCAAAAUGUGAGGUUAUCUGUUCUCGCCUCCUUCAUUACUAAAGUCACAAAAAAGUCGAGCAGGGCUUCUUACUGAUUACCUGAACAUGUAAAUUCAGCAGAAUCUUGACUCAUAUAUAAUCGAACAAGUAAUUAGAAUAAAAACCACGAUGACUUCAAUAAUCGAUCAGUACGAGAAAGCGUCUCAAAGGUCUAAACCUUCUGGGCCAGAGCCAAUGAGGCCAGACAUCAGCACAGCAGGCUUCAUUCAGAUGAAACUCCAGGACGAGGAGCCAAUAUUCAUAAGGCAGAGGGUAAAUUUCCGGCCUCCUGACAAUAUCCUUCACCUCGCAGUCAGCAGCAAUCUCAUAAUAAUUGCCAUGGCAAACAACGUUAUCCUGAGGAUCGACGUUAAAAAUCCAGAGAAAAAAGAGGAGAUCGAUGUGUCCAAGUGCAUGUCACAGAUGAAAAUGAGUGGAUUAUUUCUAGAUCCCCUGGGAAAUCAUUUAUUACUGGCAUUAACACCUAAAAAUGGAGAGAGUCCACCGUCUGAAUUUUUCUAUCUCCACAAAACUGCAAAUAAAUUAAAACCCGCUGGAAAAUUUCGAGGGCACGAGAUAACAGCAGUUGGAUGGAAUUUCUCCAACACAUCGGACACAACCACUGGUCCAAUUCUCCUUGGUACUUCCAAGGGACUCAUUUUCGAAACUGAAAUUACUCUUGAUGUCGAUAAAAUAUUCAAUACAAGUUUAGAGCAGUAUUGGAAGCAGGUAUUCGAUAUAGGUGAACACAGCAAACCCCCCAUAACAGGGAUCGCCUUCCACAAGGUUCCGUACACCGAUAAAUACGUAAUAAUAGUAACCACGAAGAUCCGGAUCUACCAGUAUAUAGGAUCAGUAACGAAUGCCCAGGAGAAGCCCCUGCUUCAGCAGAUAUUCAGCAGAUACCUGAACGUCGAGGAGCGUUUCAGUCAAUUGGAAAAUUCUUUGCCAUAUUCACGAAUGCAAUUUUACUAUCCAGUGGCGAAGGGCUAUCCAAAAUCAUUUGGCUGGCUGACCGAAACUGGAGUACUGUACGCAGAAGUGAGCCCCAAGCCAGCCCCUGACAAUGUCCUCAUCAACCAGGUGAUGCUGUACUCUCCAGAGACGAGUCUCAGUGGUUCGACAGUUUCCACGUCUCACAAUGUCCCAAUAAAUUUCAUCCUCACAAAAUUUCACGCUCUUCUCUUGUACUCGGAUCACGUCAAAGGUAUUUCCCUGCUGAACCAGGAGCUGAUCUUCGAGGACAUUUACAACGAUACAUUUGGAAAGCUGGUGAAUAUAACGAAGGAUCCGAUAACGGGGGCGAUAUGGGCGCACACAGAGCGAGCUCUUUUCAAAUACAAGGUAACAAGAGAGGAGAGAAAUGUCUGGCAGGUGUACAUGGAUAAACGUGAAUUCGAGCUGGCGAAGCAGUACUGCAAGGGUAAUCCAGCGCACAUCGACCAGGUCCUGGUGAAAGAGGCGGAGAUGCUGUUCAAGGAGAAGGACUACGAGAAGAGUGCACUCAUCUAUGCCGACACUCACUCCUCCUUCGAGGAGAUAUCCCUCAAGUUUCUCCAGGAGUGCCAGAUCGAGGCCCUGAAGACCUUCUUGAAGAAGAAAUUGGAGGGCCUGAGGCCACAAGACAAAACCCAGAUAACAAUGAUAGUUGUCUGGGUGGUGGAACUAUUUAUGAAUCAAAUGGGAGUCCUCAGAAACGAUCAAACAUCACAUCUACACAAUCCGAAGUACAUGGAACUUCAGAAACAGUUCGAUAGCUUCCUGUGUAUUCCUGUCGUUGAGGAAUGCAUUAAAAAAAAUCUGAGUACUAUCUACAAUCUGAUGGCCAGCCAUGGAGAUAAAGACAAUUUGAUUCGCCUGACGAUAAUGCAUCGCAAUUACGAGGAAGUUAUUCGCCAGCAUUUGUACAAGAAUAAUUAUCUCGAGGCGCUCGAGGUGCUCAAGAGCCAGGGGAAUAGAAAUUUAUUCUAUCAUUUCGCUGGGGCAUUGCUGCAGGAGUUGCCAAAACCAACUGUUGCUGCCAUUAUUUCCAAAGGGAGUCAAUUGCAGCCGUCGAGAUUACUGCCGGCUCUGGUGUCAUGUGAUAGCGAUGAAAAACACGCAAAAGAAGUGAUAAAGUAUCUCGAAUUCUGCGUCUACAAGCAGAGCUGUCCCGAUCCAGCGAUUCAUAAUUUACUUCUAUCACUCUAUGCUAAGUAUAAACAAGACGAGGUGAUGCGUUACAUCGGCUCUCAAGGCCAAGACAUAACGAUGGUGCACUACGACGUGCAUUACGCCCUGCGUUUAUGCCAGGAGAAUGGUUUGACCGAGGCUUGCGUGCAGCUCUCCGCUUUAUUAGGCCUGUGGACUACAGCAGUUGAUCUUGCUUUAACAAUAGAUGUAGAUCUGGCUAAAAUAAUAGCUGCGAUGCCAUCGCACAACGACAGCGAAUUAAAGAAAAAGUUGUGGUUGAAAAUAGCUGAGCAUGUCGUUAGGGAACGCGACGAUAUUCAGCAAGCGAUGGAGUUUUUGCAACAGUGUGAUUUGGUGAAAAUCGAGGACAUUCUUCCCUUUUUCUCUGAUUUCGUGACAAUUGAUCAUUUCAAAGACGCUAUUUGCAAUUCACUUCAGGAAUACAACCAACACAUUCAAGACCUCAAGGAGGAGAUGCAGGAGGCGACGAAAGCAGCUGAAAUAAUCAGAAAAGAUGUCCAGGCAUUUCGCACUAGAUGUACAUUCGUUCACGUGAGGGAUACGUGCAAUUCAUGCGAGGUGCAACUUCUUUUGAGACCGUUCUAUGUAUUUCCCUGUGGCCAUCGAUUUCACAGCGAUUGUUUAAUCGCAGCACUGACGCCGAUGCUUUCAAACGACCAACAGACAAAAUUGGCUGAUCUCCAGAGGCAGCUGACAGCGGCUUCGAAGAAACCAGAUGACACGACUUCAGUUGGUUCAGUCUCCCUAUCUACCAAGGAUCAAAUCAAGGCGGAUAUAGAUAAUCUCGUGGCAUCCGAGUGUUUGUACUGCGGAGAAUUCAUGAUCGAAUCUAUUGACAAGCCUUUCAUAGAGGAGGAGAAUUACGAGAGAGUUAUGGCUGAGUGGAUAUAAAUUUCUAGGUUUCAAAGACAGUCGAGGCAAAACUACUCUAUCAUGUGUAUAAUGGGCCAGUGAUAAUUUUUAUAAAUUAUUUUUGAAUUUAAUAAUAAAUGAAGUGUAAAUUAUCUCGUUGACGAGGAGUUAAUUGAGUGCAAUAAAAAUCCUCUUUUUAUA